CAUACAGUACUUCAAUACAAGAAAGAUUAGAUUUUAAUUCUGUACAAAUAAACACUAUUGGAAGUGCUUGUAAUUAUGGUGUAUAUUUGAGUAAACCAUUUCUCGGUUAUUUAGUUGAUAAUUAUGGAGCUAGAAGAAUGUGCUUUGCCGCAUCGAUCCUAAUUUUUUUCGGUUUUUCCUGUCUUGCAUUAACCUAUGAACGAAUGCUUCCACCAUCUUUUCUUUUAUGUGCUUUUUAUUUGCUUUGUACUGGUGUUGCCUCAUCUGGAGCUGCGGUAUCAUUUCUCACAACUAUUGCAAAAAAUUUUUCUUCGCAUCGAGGUACCGCAAUAAGUAUCCCGCUCGCAUUACUUGGCCUCUCUGCAUUUCUAUACUCUCAAGCAAAUGUAUACUUGUUCGAUGAUACUUUCCAUUUUCUACUCUUCAUAGCUUUCUCAGCUGGAUUAUCAAUGUUUUUUAGUAGCUUAUUUUUGGUUGUCGUGCCAGCUCCUAAAGUAUCCAGCGCCUUUGAAUUAGGCAGUGAUGAUUCAACCUCCACAGAUAGUGAUCCAUCACGUGUAAAAGUAUUAAAAACUGAACGAACUCCUCUACUCCAUAAAAAUACUUCUACCUCCUCAACAACGAUAAUUGACGAUGUUGAUAAUGAGCCAGAUAUAGGUGGAUGGCAAUUACUUCAUAAUAAAGAUGCCAUCUCAUUAAUCCUUAUCUUAGUAUUAUUGGCCGGAACGGGUUUAAUGUACAUAAAUAAUGUCGGUACAAUUAUUGAAGACCUUUAUCACGCCUCCCCGGCUCAUCCUUCUCAUCCUUACUCCUUACCAACUACUACUCUCAAUCCCGAUCUAAAAAAGCUCCAAAGCUUUCACGUCUCAUUGCUUUCUAUAUGUUCAUGCCUCGGAAGAAUUCUCAUAGGUCCUUUCUCUGAUAUAGCAAAAAAUUCUUUCAAUCUGUCUAGAAUUUGUUCUUUAAUAUUUGCUGGUGUUUGGCUAUUCUGUGGAAAUUUAUUGGCCCUUUUAUGGGUUCGAGAUAUGGCCCAUUUAUGGAUUGUCACAACUUGUAUCGGACUUGGUUUUGGAAUCUUAUACGGGGUUGCUCCAACUACUUGUAGCGAAUAUUUUGGUUCGAAACGAUUCGGGUUUAACUGGGGUUUAAUAUCUUGUUUUCCAGCUAUAGGUGCUCAAGGUUUUAAUCUUUUAUUCGGUUUAAAUAACGAUUUACAUAGAGAUCAUUGUAGAGGCGCUGAAU